UAUCAAAGGAAUCAAGUCAAAGCUUGGAGUGACAAUAAAUGAUGUGAUUUCCGGGAUCAUCUUCUAUGGGAUUCGACUUUACAUGCAAGAGAUUAACAACAAGACAAAAUCAUCCAAUUCCACAGCUGUGGUAAUGCUCAAUACAAGAAAUAUUAGAGCUUACCAAUCAGUCAAGGAAAUGCAAAAACCUGAGGCCAAAAGUCUUUGGGGGAAUAAAAUUUCUUUCUUGCAAGUAGCAAUACCUAAGCUAAGCCAAUCAAGAAUCUCCGACCCUCUUGAGUUUGUUUGGAAUGCCCGUAAACUAAUCAAGAGGAAGAGACGUUCUUUCAGUGUUUAUCUCAUAGGUCUGUUCUUGGAUCUUGAGAUGAAAUUAAGAGGACCCGAGGCUGUAGGUAAAACAAUCUACAACACUCUUGGGAACUCUAGUAUUGUUAUCUCAAACAUACUUGGGCCAGUAGAACAAAUGGCUUUGGCAAAUCAUCCUAUAAAAGGCUUGUAUUUCACCAUGACUGGUGGACCUCAGAAUGUAAACAUUACAAUUAUGAGCUAUGAGAGAGUAUUAAGAAUCACCUUGAGAACACUAAAGGGAUUCAUAGAUGAACAGAAAUUCAAGGGCUUUAUGGAGAAGGCCUUUGAAGACAUAUUCAAGGCAGCUAUGGAGAUCUCCGAGAUACCCAACAAAAAUUAA